AUGAAGAGCGCAGGUGCAGCAAGGCAGACAGUGAUCAAAAGGAUCGAAGAUGCAGAGAAAAAUGGUAAAUCAAUCGACAAAUGGAUCGAGGAUAUGAAUCAGCUUUAUAGAAGCAAGCAUCCACCGGCUGUUCACAUAACAAAACCAAUGCCUGACAUUGAUUCUUUGCUUCAACAAUGGCCAACCGAAGUAGAGGAGAAGCUGAACGAAGCUGAAUUGGAUUUCACCCAGCUCGAUUGUGAAUUACCCGAGUUGAUCGAUGUCAUUUGUAAUUUACUUGAUAUUCCUUCUGAUGAAGAAACGAGACUGGAAGCCCUUCAUACACUCUUCACUCUUUAUUUGGAAGUUAGAAAUGCUAAAGCCCAGAAAUAUUAA